UGCUAGCUAUGUAUAUGAAAUAUAUUUUACUAAUUAAAAAAUUAUAAGAAAAAUUAGCGGAUAAUCUCUUUUUUUAUAUCAUCUAAAAUCAAACUACGAUAUCACUCCUAACGUAUUCAUUCGGCGACACUUCCACAACACAUCUAUAUCUUCGUACCUUAAGUUUGUGCUUAACAUUACAUCGUUCAAUAUUUAUAUUUUUGUUACAAUGCACGAACACUUAGCUAGUUUAUUUGAAUUUGAGAAUUACACAGCAUUCUUACUGAAUUUACACCAUUUAUUUGAAAAUUCCUACUGAAUUUACACUAUUUCAUUUGAAAUUCCUGCGGUCCUGCCCUUUGCCCAUUGUCUCAUUGGCCUCGUUCUCGACUACACUGCCCAUCUUGCGCGCAGUCGUCUUCCCCGGUUGCGGUGGACAGACACAAGGGUCCCGUACUUCCCGGCGAGAGGGUUGGGCCCCACCGGCUUUAUAACAGGCGAAGGCCACAUCGCCGGCGCGGUCGCGGACGACUCAUCCGACGCGACCGAACGUCACGGGGGGAACACCGGCACCGACCUCCCCCCGCCGCGCGCACCACCUGUUCGACGCAAUGCCCCGCUAGACCGCGGCACCUGACGCCAUGUCCUUCCUUGCGUCCGGUCGCGGCCGCCUCCUCCGGGAGCUCUCUAGGCGCCGCCCGCCGCGUCACGGGCAAGGAGGUCGCGCUGCGUGCUUCCGCCGGUACGUGGCGCACCACCUCUCGCUCGAUGGAGUUGACGACGCGGCGGAGAAAGCCGUGGAACCUCCGCCGGCGCUGGCGCCACCGGUGUCUCUGGCGAAGAGCCUUGCUUCCCUCGCCGAGGAGUCGGCCGCGGCCGCCCAGAGGCAGAGGAAGCCCUUGUCGCGCAUGGAGCGGAAGCGGUUGGCCGAGCUCCGCAUCAAGAAGAGGGUCAAGGCGCAGUACCUGAACGGCAAGUUCUACGACCUCAUGGGCAAGGUGGUGGCGAACGCUGACACGUUGGAGGAUGCCUAUGACAUUGUCCGGCUUAACUCAAACGUUGAUUUAGCGUCUGCAAAAGAUGAUGUCUGCUUUGUCACGCUGGCGGAGCAGCUCAGGAGCAGUGCGUUUGAUGUUGGAGUGAAUACUUUCUCGGUGGUGGCGAAGAGGCAAGGAAGAGGAGGGCGGCUUGUUCUUCCAAGGCUGAACUUGAAAGUUGUUCAGGAAGCGGUAAGGGUGGUGCUUGAGGUUGUGUACAGACCUCAAUUCUCAAAGAUAUCACAUGGUUGUCGGAGUGGGCGAGGGUAUCACUCAGCUCUCAGGUUCAUAGCCAAUGAAAUUGGGGUUCCGGAUUGGUGCUUUACUGUCUCCAUGCACAAAGAGGUUGAUAGCAAUGUAACCUCUAAGCUUAUUUCACUAAUAAAGGAGAAGAUUGAGGACACCCAGUUGGUUGCAUUCAUGCAAGAUAUGUUUGAUGCCAAGGUGAUCAAUUUGGUAUUUGGUGAGUACCCCAAGGGCCAUGGGCUUCCGCAAGAAGGAGUACUUGCACCAAUCCUGAUGAACUUAUAUCUUGACAGUUUCGACCAUGAGGUGUUUAGGAUUUGCUUGAAACAUGAAGGCCUUGGUUCAGAGGCAACAAAAGUUUCAGAACCCCAUGGGUCAAAUUUGCGUCGCUGGUUUCGGAGUCAACUGAAGGGCAGGGAUGAAAAUAUUGAAGAUCAGAAAGAUUGUCAGACAAAGAUAAGGCUAUACGCUUGUAGAUAUAUGGAUGAGAUUUUUGUUGCAGUUGCUGGAUCUAGAAAUGCUGCAGAAGUUAUAAAAUCUGAAAUUGUUGCUUACUUGAGAAAAUCACUUUAUCUGGAUAUCGAUGAUAGAUUGUAUCUUAUGCCAGUCAGAAGGAACUCCCGGGGCUUACAGUUUGCUGGAAUCGUGGUCAGAGUAGAAACAAAGGAAAAUGCUAAACUGAAAGCUGUGCAUAAGCUGAAGGAGAAGAUUGGUUUGUUUGCUUCUCAAAAGCAAGAGAUAUGGGACGCUAUGAAUCUUAGAGUAGGAAAGAAGUGGUUGGCCUAUGGUUUGAGAAGGGUAAAAGAGAGUGAGAUCAAGUCACUUGGUCUUAGCACCCCUUUGCUGGAUCACGUUGCACAAUUUAGGAAAGAGGGAAUGAAGACAGAUCAUUGGUUCAAAACUUUACUAAAGGUAUGGAUGCAGGAUGUCAAUGCCAAAAAUGAGCUUAAUGAGGAUGUUCUCCUUUCAAAAUACAUUGCUGAACCAGCACUUCCUCAAGAUCUGAGAGAUGCAUUCUACAACUUUCAGAAGCAAGCUAAAGAUUACAUCUCAUCAGAAACUGCUGCUACAGAAGCAUUGCUGUCCAAUUUAAAGAACAAGGAAUCAAUUAGUGCCUGCACUGAUGGCGAUGUCAUUAAAAUUCAUGCACCUCUUCGCUAUAUCCAGAAGUGCCUUCAUCGCUAUGGUCUAAUCAAUCUCGAAGGUUUCCCAAGACAUGUUUCAGCCCUUGUCUUGCAAGAUGACGACUUAAUAGUAAGUUGGUUUGCAGGAAUAAUUAAUCGUUGGAUGAGAUGGUUCUCUGAGGUUGAUAAUUUUAAAGAACUUCAGCUUAUGUUGGUUGAAUGUGUCAGGAAAUCUUGCAUCCGGACAUUAUCGGCGAAGUACCGAAUGUAUGAAAAAUUGACAGAAAAGCGGUUUGAACUUGAUGAUCAUGGCAUUCCAAGGGUUGAGGAUUUUGAGGCAAUAAUUAAACCUUUAGAAUCUACUUAUUCUUUGGCUUCCACUGAUGAAGCUUUGAUGUAUGGCAUUUCUUGUAGUGGUUUAUUUGUGCUAACACUGUCAAGAGUUAGAGUCCCUGCCAGACAAUUCAAAUGCUUUGUCAUUGGCUGCCAAUCUGCAUCACCAAGUAUGUAUGUGCUUCAUGUGAAGGAGAAACAGCGUUUUCCUGGAUGGAGAACGGGUUUCGCAUCAUCAAUUCAUGGGAGUUUGGAUGGUAGACGAAUUGGAUUGUGCACCCAGCAUGUUAAAGACCUAUAUCUGGGACACAUCUCCCUUCAAUCAGUUGAUUUUGAUUCCCUGGUAAACAUAGCAUGCAUUUGUGAGAGACAACUAAGUGGUAUGCCUGUGGACUACUCCAAAAUUGAAAGUGAGCCUACAUUUUGAAGUGGCUCCUUUUCGGUGAGUGGUUCAGACUUCAUAGUACAUCAGUUUUAGUUGGCAGCUCUUCAAUGUUAUAAAAAGUGCUAGGUGGGCCAUGGGGUGGCACCUAGUGCCUAAUCACUGCCUUGGUAGGCUAGACGGCGAUUAGGUGCUAGGCAUCUAGGUAGGCUAGGCAGCUGCUGAACUUUGAUCUAAUCAUAGUGGUUCUAAAAUUUAUUGCAUGAAAGCACAUUACCAGGAAGAAUUGAUGGCAUUAACACAACUUUCUGUCAAAGAAAAAAGGAACGCUUCUAAUGCAUUUAUCGGUAGUGGAACAUAACUUUGCUUUGUGCACUUUUGGUGCCUUCUGGUCUUUAUCAUGGUACAUUGCAUAUCAAGCUUUUGCCACUGUAUUCAUUAUAUAGGUAGCUGUCGUAUUUGUAGAUUCAAUCAUCAAUAUGGCUGCAUUGUUCCGGUUGUCUGUGUUUAGUGCAUCUUGAGACUGCAUUGUUCUUGUUCUCCAGUUUUUUCCAAAUGAUGACGCAAGCCAAUCAGUGCUUUUUAAUGAAUGUGCUGGUACAAGCUGUGUGUUGGAACUAUAUAAUUAUGUCAUUUGGUUGAACAAAAUGUGUAUCAGUAAAUGGUUACCAUCUAUUUCAUGAUAUCACAUCAUUAAGAAACCAAGCAACUUAUGGGCCAUAAAUAAUGAUGAAACAAUUGAACCCAUGCCAUUCUUUUUGAAAAGUUUCUGUCUCUCGGGCAUAUACAUAUACGAGUGAUAAUAUCUGCUGAAAAUCAAGUUCAUUUGACAGACUAUUGCAUUGCAAGCCCUGCUGGUUGACUUGGUGGUUGUAUGUUGAGUUUGUUACUCAUAUACAAUGGCAGUUGUUGCAUGAUAAGUUCCUAACUGGAUCAGGCAGCAAACUGUGUAAUGAUGGAUGUGCUAAAAACAGAACUCAAGGAAAAAGGGGGCUGGUCUGAUCCUUCAAAAACUUUUGAUGUAGAAAAGAGCACAAUGCACUCAGAUUCACAAGAGGCGGUUGCAAACACAUGUUGCAUUUUCCAUCAGUGAUAGACUUCGGCAAAGGCAGUAGUUUCCAAGGAUCUCAUGAAUUGUAUAGAAGAUUUUGAGUGCCUUGGGCCUUCUGCCGCGGUGCUGCCAGUGCAUGCAGUGAGGAAUAAGAGGCAAAGCUUAGUGGCCAACCAGAAAGGUUUCCGGUGACCAAGGCCUGAGCCUAGAGUUUCACUUCCUGUUGAUCUAAAGUGUUGGUCAUUGCAAAUGGCUUGGAAAAGCAUGAGCAGGAUGCCAGCUUGAGCUUUGGUUCUGCUGCUGGAGCGCAUGGGCUGGGGACACAGGUUCUAGGCCUCUCUGCCCCUGGUGUGAAGAUUCAUACCGUGACUGGAAUGUAAUGUACUCUAGUCGUACCAGCUGCGUGUCCAUGUCUUGGCACUGCAGUUUGUGUGUUUCACGCAUCUAAAGUGAAAUGAUUUGGAGCACUUCAUUAUUGUUCAUUUUGUCUAUUUACCGAGAUCAAGCGAAAUUGAUUCUUCGAA